UCAAAAGAUAUCAACAUACUAGUGAUUGGAAGAACAGGUCAAGGAAAGUCUGCACUGAUCAAUAGUCUCAUUGAGCUGGGGAAAAAAAUUGUACCAGAAGGAUCAAAAAGUGCACGCUGUACCAUAAAACCACAGCCUUACAUCUAUCCAAACAUCAUUCCUGGUGUCAAUGUCACAAUAAUCGAUUCUCCUGGUCUGCAAGAUACUCAAAACAAAGAGCAUAAAUACAUUCAAGAAAUGAAGAAUGAGUGUAGUGAGAUCAGUUUGGUCCUCUACUGCAUGAAGAUGACAGACCAUCGAUUCACCAAUGAUGAUGCAGUUGCUAUUAAGAAACUCCAUCAAGUGUUUGGCCGAAAAUUUUGGGAGAGAGUGGUGUUUGUUCUAACCUUUGCAAAUAGGGAAACACUAGAUAUGUGGGAUGAAAGAGACAAAGAUGAUGAAAAUGAGGAACCUGAUGAAAGCAAUAAGAAAGCUUGGGAAGAACUGAGGAAAGAGCGACUGACUGGUAGAGUCCAACUUCGUAAAGAAAAAAUAAACACAAUUGUCAAUGACCUCCUGCAGUUACAUGAUUCAGAAGUGCAUCAAGGUGCAAUCCAGAAGAUCAAGUUUGAAGUCCUUCCAGCUGGGUAUCAUAUCUCCAAACAUGAUAGUGCUCUUUCUGGUGUCAACUGGAGGCAUGAUCUUAUCACUUUAUGUUGCAGUGCAGCAAAGCACAAGCAAAUAUUAAAAUUAAACAAAAAGAUAGCAUUAGCUGUUAUUCUUGAUAAUCGUGGAGAGCUCAAGGUAGAUCUAGAGAAUGAAAAAAGAAUACUUAAUAAAGAAGCAGCAGCUCUCAAAAAAGCUUUUGAAGAUCUUGAGUUUGCUGUUCUUUACUUUAACAGCCUCUCCUCAGAAUCAAUAGCUACCUUGCUUGAAGCAAUAAGUGAAGCAGAUCAUUCACAAUUAUCGAUGAUAGCUCUAGUAUUUCUUAGUAAAGGGAAGACACCUGAGCUUGAUGAUGCUGAUGGAGUAAUGGUGCCUUAUAAAGAUGUGUUUGAUCCUUUUGAAAAAUUUUCUAUAUAUCUACCAGUAAUAUUCUUUUUUGAUUCAGCAAGUGAUGAUACAAAGAAAGAGAAAAGUUUCGCAGCUGAUGACAAACCAAAUGAAAAUGAUUCCACACAUAAUGAGGUAUAUGUGAAUGAUUCUGUAUCUGAUGCUGUACUGGUACAGAAUGAGAGUAAUUUGACAGUAGCUGAUACACAGAAUGAGAAUGAUUUCAAUUUGCCUCAACACAUUUGCCCCAAAAAUUCUCUAGUUCUUGCUGCUAGACACAGUUUAGCAUCAUCUCCUGUACUCAAAGACUUCACAGAAAAGCUGAGCCACACCAGUGUCCAAGAAUGCUUUGAAACAAUAUGUGCUAAUAAUAAUAGCACUACUGUGAAAAGCAUAUGGCAUGACACUACGGUCGGGGAUAAAUUUUUCAUUGUCAAAUCAAUUAAUGACAGUGUGGAAACUCUUGAACAAAAGUUGGAAGUAUAUCAUUCAAUAUGGUACCCAAUCCGUCACAAGACAAUAGACAAGAUGGAAGGAAGCAAAAAUGAAAUCAUGUCAAUAGUACGUAAAGAAAGUGAAGCCAGAUUAGGAGUUGCAGUUUCAGGCAUGGUAGUAGGUGGCAGCCUAGUUAUUACUGGAAUAGCUCUGGCUCCAUUCACAUUUGGUGGUUCUAUUGCUAUAUCUGCACUAGGUGGUGUUGUGGGGGCGGCUACCGCUAGUGCAGGGAUUGGUGCUUUUGUUGCUUCAAAAGUUCUUAAUAAAAAAACAUUAAAAAAAGCACAAGAGCAUAUCAACCUUGAUCAGCAGAUCAGUUUGAUAAUUAAUGAAGAGGCCUAUAAAUAUAAUCAAAUGAUGACAUCAGCUAUAUCCCAUGUACCAGAGUCCUCAGCUAUUGGUUUACAAGGUGUAGCAGCUACUGUUAGAGGUGCAACUGUAGGUAUUGUAUUUGGGGUAGGGAGUACAGUAGAAACAGCUGCAGCUGCUCUGCGUACUACUGGUCAAAUUGCUGGAAUGGCUUUAGCUGGAGCCUCAUUAGCUGUAACAAUACCAAUCGAUAUUGGCAUGAUUGCAUAUCAUAGCUAUCACAUACACAAAACAAAAAAUGACCCAACCGGAAAGACUGCAAGCAAUGAAUCAGUGAGGAUGUUAUAUGACACAAUAGAAACAUUGCUCAAAGGUAUGUGUCAUGCAAUCAAUGAAAUUGAGUAUAAAGUUCAAACUGGCAGAAAUAUUCUAAAUGAUAUUGGCUGUGGCUAUGAAAUUCAUGUACCAGUAAAAGGAAGUAAAACAUUUACAGUCACAGUUCGCACUCUCUUCUCUGGUCCAUUUGUUUUUCCUGAUGGGUAUACUCUUGUAAGUGCUGUAUAUGAUAUCACAAUGCCAGAGCUACCUCAACCAGCAACCAUUAAGCUGGAGCAUUGUGUUGAUGAGUCAGACAAGACUACACAAAACCUGUACUUUGCCAUUGGCAGUUGUGACUUAAAGGAUAAAAAGAUAAGAUUCAAAACUGUACAAGAGUUCAAUGAAUCAAUUCAACAAAAAACCAGUUGCCUCUUAUGCAUACUGUACAAAAGAACAAUGUACAUGGAGGACAAAGCAUCAGUGAGAUAUGCUGCUCAAUGCUCUUAUGAGAGGAAAUCCAAAAACUUUUGGACUCUGGAUAUUGUUUUUAUGAAGCUUCAUAAUGCUAACUUAGAGCAUGCCCAGAAAAAAGAUGAUCUUGAAUACUCAUGCUAUCCAUUUGCUUUUGAGUCCAAUAACAUCUCUCUUACUGUACCUAGCUUUAAAGUUGACACAGAAAAUUUUCCAGGAUGGAUUACAUUCCCAAAUGAUGGUGAUGAAAUGCCAGCUACUAUAUCAAUGAAAGAAAUUGACACUGCUGAAUUGAGGGAAGGAAGUGCUAAAGUGCUGAGAAAAGCAUUUCCCUCUAUCAGUUUGUGUGUUUAUAUUUUCGAUGAAAAUGUAGCUGCUGAUGAAAUAAAUCAAUGGUUCAAAAUUGAAGGAACAAGCUUAAGGAUUAAUAUUAAAAGAAACAAAGAAUCAUCUGGAUAUCAUGCACUACAUUAACAAAA